AUGGCCAGUGAGCCUAGGGUGUUCAGCUAUGAAGUUAAGCUUAGAAAUGGCAAUGGCUGGGACCAAAAUGAUGCUCUAAAGAACAAUGAGAGACUAAUUCUUCGAGGCCAUGGAAACAAAGGACUGACCAGGGAGCUACAGUCUUGUGGUACCAACAGUGUGGGUGCAGUCUUUGGUACUAACACAAGACCUCACCUCAUGGGUUCCUUCCAGUCUCUGUGUGGAUGUCAGGCCUUCCAGGAAACUUUCCAUGGAGACCUAGAACCUGGGCCCCUCAGCACUGCUAUUUCUGGGCACCUCAUCUACCCAAACAACUCCACAGAAGCCUUUGAAAGACUUACCCAAGUCAGCUGGGAAUGUGGCCUAAUGCAGACACCUGCAAACAAGCAGGUCCACAUAGAGACUUUGCACUCAGACUCAGAGUUGAAAAUGUCCUUCACCUAUGUGAUUCCUAUCAUCUUGGAUUUCCAGCUGCUUAGUGAUAAGCAAAGGAAAAGGGAAAUGACUGAUGACUGUGCCUUGCUGUCCCCGGCCAUGUCCAGUGUGGCCUGCCCUGACGGUCUCAGGUUCUGUGACAGCGACCUCAUGCGUCUGUGUUCCGGUCAGCCCUUGGACAGGGAUGUGCUCCUGACUGCUCAGUGCUGCUCUUUGCUUGCCUUCCGCCUCAGCAGCAGCCCCCCUGCCCCUGUGACAGACAAGAUGGGCUCCAGCACCGCUGAGAAGCAGAGCCUCCCAGGCCGUGUUCUGAGGGCUGCUCUUUCUGUGAAAUGUGGAAAGGCGAUCAAUGGCCCCAUAAAGCCCGGCAACUUAGGUGUUGGCGGGCUUAGUUGUGGCUGUUGGUGGAGUGAGAACCGGGCGGUAGCCGCGGUGCACACAUCGCGCCGGGAGAGGAGUGAAAGGGAAGAAAGGCAGAAAUCAGAUUGCCCAGCAGGUGUACAGUUGAAAAACAGAGUAACAGGUAAUUUUGAUCAAAGGACAUCCAGGGGUACACAAAUAAAACACAAGACUACAGUUCAGCGAAGCAAAUCCUCCUCCUCCACCAGCUCUCCAGAGUGCACUCGAAAAGUUCAUCCUCCACCAAGCGAUAAACUUAACCCUAACAAUCCUUUUGGUGAACAGUCACGAGCCCCUUCUGCAUUUGCAGCUUUUUAUUCUAAGGGAGGUAUUCCUUGCAGAUUGGUCCAUGGUUCAGUAAAGCGCAGAUUACAGUGGGAAUGCUUUCCUGAAAUUCUUCCAUUUGACCCUCUUCUUAUUACUUUAGCUGAGGGUCUGAGAGAAACAAAGCAUCCUUACACCUUUGUGUCCAAGGAGGGCUUUAGAGAGUUACUUUUAGUUAAAGGUGCUCCUGAAAAGGCUGUACCUUUGCUGCCUAGACUGAUUCCUGUGCUAAAGGCGGCACUGGUCCAUUCAGAUGAUGAAGUGUUUGGGAGAGAGUUGAGUGCCCUGGUACAGUUAAGUGUCAUAGUUGGUCCUUCUUUUAAUGACCAUCUGAAGCACCUGCUGAUAACCAAGAGACUAAUGGAUAAGAAGUUCAAGUUGCCCAUCACUAGCGCAUUACAGAAACUGGAACAGCAUGGUGGAAAUGCUAGCCUUAUAAUCAUCAAAUCCAAAAUUCCAACCUAUUGCUCUAUAUGCUGUUGACCAAAGGAAACAACAGGAGUCGUCUUGCUUCUUUCUUGCAAAUGUCACACGCUGAGCACAUGUAUGCAUGGACCAUUUAUUCAGUUCCACUUAUUGUUUUGUAGAUCACAUCCACAAUUGAUUAGUGGUUAGAUCAGGAGAGUAUACAGAUGAAUCACAGUAAAUGUUGUCAACAAAAACAGGCAGGCAAUAAUGGAAAACUAUUAAAAGAAUUUCUGUAAUAAUACAACUUUGUAGGUCUUUUUUUCUUGUGUAUAUCAUAGUAUGAAAAACCAUCACUAAAUUUAUAAGAUCCGAUGUAUUUAUUUUCUAGUACAUUUUUAUUUAAAACAUCUCUUUGCCAAUUUUUCUGUAGCUGUGCACUUAUUUCUGUCAACUAUUCUUUUGGCAAUUUUUUGCUUUUUGUAAUUUUUUAGGGCUAGAGAAAUUUGAAAUAGAAGAUAAGCAUUUGGGAACUUAAUCUUAGUUCUUUCGAAAUAUGUAUUUUACAAUGUAGACUGCUUGGAAGGCUUUCACUCCAGAGAAUUCUAUUUUAGGAAGUUUGCUUUAAAUAUUCAAAUUCUAUUGUAAGUAUGUUGUUUUGUACAACUUGUUAAAGUUGCCUAAACUUUAGGUGUUAAUUAUAUUUAAGUAAAUGUUAUCUUUGAAUUUCAUAGCCUGAAAAUAUUGAUGUACACACAAAGAUAUUAAAAAAUUAAAAUCUUGAUACUCAUA